GGACUACGCAGGAUAUGGGACAAAGCUAGAUAAUAAAGCUAACGCUACAUUGGUGUCGGUCCGUGUAUUGUCAAUUUAAUUCCAAUGAAAUCGUAAUAUUCGUGUGAACGUUCCGGAAUUAAAGAAACGUGACAUAAGUUGACUAAUCAAGGACAGUACUCGUGCUUGAAUGAUUUACCGGAAUAAACUAUUUACUACCUACGACUGCCUUGCGGACAUCGUGUUGAAGCUGUGUCACACAUGUGCAGCACAAAACUGAAUCUGCGAGGAAACAAAUACAUUCUACAUUUAUUUAAAGUGAACAAACUCUUCAGAGAAAUUUUCUGAAACUUUCACUCAUAAAUAUAUACAUAUGUAAAUAUGUAUGUAUAUGUUCCUUAUAUGUGAAACAUUACGUUCUUUAUGUAUCACAUAAUUGUAUUACAUAUAUUACUAAGCAAGAAAUAUAGAUAAUCAUGUUGGGGAGUCAAAUGGUAGAAGCAAAGAUGGAGGAUAAUAACAAGAGAGACAACGAUAUUUAUAAUCCAGAAGUCGAACAUAGAGUGGUUAUAAAUUGGACUCCGCCGGAUGAAAAGAAAUUCUUAUUGAAACGUCGAUUUGUAUCGCCUAGGAUGCUCAGUAGGUCGCUUCCGCGAAGAAGCAGGAGUUUAUUUGGAUACAGAAUGAGUAGAUCCUUAAACGUGGACAUUACCAGUUCAAAGAAUGGUUGGCUUAAAUCGCCAAAUUCAAGUCUUGAUAGUUCUUCUGACAUGGACAAAUCAUCGUCACGUGACUUAUCAAGAUCAGCAAAAAUAAUGAGAGCGCUCAGUCUCAGUCAUGGUUUGAUUCGCCACAAGAAUGUCAGCAUAAAAAAGUCAUUGAAUUUUGACUCGCCUCCAAGUCCACAGAAAAGUGCUUGGUUUAAUGAGAGUCCUCACAGUGAUUCUACCAGUGUUAACACAUCAUUCGAUAAACUUUUGAGUUACGAUACAAAUUCAAUUGAAUCUGCCACUAGCAGCGUGCUGAUCGUAUCCUCGGACUCAAUUGACGAGAAUCAGAAUCAGACGCCUCAGAAGAGUCGAAAAGUGGCCAAAAUAACGAAUGGCACUUCCGAUACAAAGGAAAAUCUAAAUCACUCGUCGGAGUCGUCUGGUUCUACAUCCUUGCUUCAAAGCAAUCUCAAGGAAAGGAUUGACAAUAUCUUGCAUAUGCAAACACCCGAUCUCCAUUCCUUUAAGCGAGAAAAAUCAAAAACUGUCGGGUGCGUUGCCAGUACACCCAGAAAUUUGAUCCAGGAGUUUAACCAGAACGUGGAUAGUAGGCCCCAGACACCUGAAAACAUCAUGCGUUUGAUUCCAGAAAGUAUGAGCGCCAUCAAGAAGAGCCACAAGCAGGAGAAGCUGUAUCGUCAGCAAGAAGACGCGUGUACGCAACAAAUGGAUUACUCUAUGCUAAAUAAAGAUCGCUACAUGAAAACGGAGGUCGAAUCAUUGGAGGCAGACCGAAUUAUUGCGGGUGGCAGUUGCGAUACGACUUCUAUGAAGAAGUCUCAAAUGGGGAAGAAAAGUUUCAAGAAAACGCUUAUUUAUGACUCAGACGACGAACUUUCUGAUAGCAUAUCAGUUUCUGAUCACAGUGCGCAGUGGAAUGAAGCUACGUCGAAGGAAGAUAAUUCAUCAGAAAACAGAUCGAACGAAGCGAAAAUUAAUAAAAUACAAGACAUCAAUUUGAGCGACCGUGAGAAGUGCGAGGGGAGUAACUACAAUAAUGAUUCUGUAAGUGAUAAUGAUAACAGAAAGGAUUGCUUUGAACGCGACUUCGAUAAAGAAGUAUAUAAUUUAAUAACUUCACAAAGGAAAUCAUCAAGCACUGUUAAUACGAAUGUAUCACGCGAGAAUGUAAUGAUGCCACCGGCACCAAAUCCAUCUGUCUCCCAAAAUUCCAGCAGAGCGGUUACGCCUGAAAACUACAUAAAUCUCAUACAACAAGUACUUACAGAAUCGAUUAAGAAGUCGCACAAGAAAGUUAAACACGAAAGUAAGAAGAUAUUUAAACCCAGAAGUCUCCAUCAGAAAAUAGGAGUGGCUCAAGUUGCUCGCAAUAGCAGUAGAUACGAAAGUAUUGUCAAUGCAACUUGUUCGUCAAGCCCAAACAGUUCCUUUAGACCAAACACGCCUGAUAAUAUAAAUUCAAGUAGACUCUUAUUGACCGAGUUUAAUUCCGUGAAGAAGUCGCAUAAAAAGGACAAGCAUAACAAAAGAAUUUCCGGCCUCGCUAAAUGCCACAAGUAUCAAGAGUAUCGUAAGAGAAGUGACAAGAACAGGCAGGAUUACGUUAAUAAAAUCCGACAAAAAAAUUCAUCCGAGGCAUUUGGAUUAAAAGAUUCGCCGGAUGCAUCACCGAAAAAGAAGAAAAAGUCGAACGUGUCUGCACAAAGUGAAGCGUGUAUGUCGCCUAGUUCGGAAUCAUCGUCCUGGGGGUGUAAAAAUAUAGAAGAUGAAUUUAAGAUUCAUACUCCUCUUAGGACAUCGUUCAAGCUGCUCACCGCCUCGACCUGUGUAUGCAUGGAUGAAUCAUCAGAAAAAGAUGGACCUGUGCAAGCGACGCCAAAAGAAGUCGAUCUCUCCAGAUGCAUGACGCCGAUCGCACAUUGCUCGAAAACAUCGAGAGAGAACGAAGAUGCCGUAUUUGAAGGACACGCUCACGUUGAGAAAUCGAAGACCGAUGUUUCGCACGAUGGGUCAGCAAAUGCCACAGUUCCGGAGGAUGAGAAUGGUAGAUCGACUCCGACAAAUGUGGCAACAGAACUACUUUGCGACAUAAAUUCUAUUAAAAAAUCGCAUAAGAAGAACAAGCAUAGCCGCAGCAUAUGCAAGCGAGGAAGAAAGGAACCACUGGAUAACGGGGAAACCAAAAACGUCAGUUUUGCAAGUGACACAACGACGUUGGAAGAACACGCAGUUUCAACCUUGCAGCGUAUUGGUGUUUGCAGCCCUUCCGAAACGGGGAUGUGCAGUAACGUGCGUAAUGGGAGAGAGGAUGAAAGCUAUGAGGAUUCUCAACCAUCUACCAGCCGCAUCAACGACAGUAUUAGAAGUGUCAACGAAUCGAAUCUUCUGAACGUAACGCCUCCAAACGAUUUCAACGCGGCGAACUUCGUUAAAUUAUUCAGUACGACGUCCAUCAAAAAAUUCCACAAGAAAGAGCGCGAUUAUAACGCAGAAACCAAAAUGCGUUACGUGGCCGCUUAUCUGUUGGCUGUCCUCGGAGGCAAGGCCUCUCCAAGCCAAAAUGACAUCGAGAAAAUUUUAUCCUCGGUUGGAAUUGAGACAGAUGCUGAGAAACUGAAGAAAGUGAUUUCCGAAUUGAAUGGAAAAUCCAUUGACGAACUGAUCGCCCAAGGCAAGGAAAAAUUAUCAUCCAUGCCAGUUGGUGGUGCAGCUGCAGCUGCAGCUGCAGCUCCUGCCAGUGGUGCAGCAGCUCCAGUGGAAGAGAAGAAAGAGGAGAAGAAACCUGCUAAGGAGGAAUCCGAAUCCGAGGAUGACGACAUGGGCUUUGGGCUCUUCGAUUAAGCUUCUUUUUUUAUUUCACUAUCAGAAUGCUGCAUUCUGUGGCAGUGGUAUGAGCGUAUUCCUAAAAUUGUAUACUGUACAAAUUGAAAGAAGCCAGUACUACUGCUGGAGAGUAAAGCACCAUUUUAAUUAAACU